AUGGCGAGUGUGGGAGUGGAGGCUACGAAUGUCUCGUACGCGGGCCUUGGAGGAAGCCUGCAAACGGAGCUUCUGCAUUUGCAGGAUGUCGAGGAUGUCCUUGCCAUGGCAGAGGAACUGGCCAGUCAGCAUCGGGCAUGGCAGUUGCAGAAACAGGCACUGCUGGCCGGCUGGCAGGCCAAGCGUGCUCAAACCGACGAGGCAGGGAAGGCGCUCGAAGCGUGGUUGGCGCCUAUUGGGCCGCUGGUGGCGCAGCGCUGCGCCGCGGCCGCCAAAGCCAUCGCUGAGUCCGCGAAGAGCGCGGAGGCUCAGCAAGCAGUGGAGGAGAAAUCCCGCAGAUGGCAGCAGGCAGCCCUAGAAGAAGCCCAGCGCCACCGGUUCUCAUUGGCUCGACAGCGCCUGGAACGAGAAAAGCGAGAGUUCCAGCUUGCGCAGGAGGAGUAUCACCGGCAAAGUGAGGCCAAGAUCCGCCAGGAGCGUUGUCGCCUGGAGCGACUGCGUGAGCUUUCGGAAGCUCGGCGGGCGAAGCGCGACAAUGAGCGGAGCCGCCUGCUCGCUACACUGGAGGAGGAGAGGGAUCGGCGGCUGCCACACCGAAAGCUGGCUUGGGCCCAGACGGAAGAAACUGGGCUGGCGCCAAAGCGACCGGAGCCGAUCGACGAGGAGGAGCGAGGUUAUUCGGAUGAAAGCUUCGAAAGUGCAGGCUCCUAUGAGAAGGACUUCGAGGAAGAGAGUGAGGUGUCCUCGCAACCGGCAAGCUCACAGUCACCAGCGUCGCCAGAAGCUCUUGGCGAAACGAGCAGCAGCCUGGCGAGCAGCGCGAUCUCCGAGAGUUCCAUCGUUUCGGCACGCCCACCUCGAAGUGCAGCGCCAGGCAGCCGCCGCGUGCAGCUGCCCGUGACAGAGUCAGCCACGUCCAGGAGUGAACCGAGUGUGGCAGAGAGCAUCCCGGAAAGCUGGGAAGGCGGAAUGUCGACUUUUGCUGUUUGGCAUGGGCCAAAGGCUGAAGGAGUCGCACAUUAG